AUGGCUACCGCGACAUUCCCCCGCAUUAAGACGAUCCGCACAUUCGUGAUCGAUGGCGUCGGUUCUGGUGGUGACUACCACAAUGUCAAAGGUGGUCACUGGCUCAUCGACAGCGAUAUCUCCACCCCUAUGACCCGAUGGGCGCAAUAUCGAGGAUCGCGGACAUCCUGGGGUAUCAACGUGCUGGGAUCCUUCUGCGUGGAGAUCGAAGCAACCGACGGGACCAAGGGCUUUGCAACUGGCUUCGGCGGUCCGCCUGCUUGCUGGCUGGCACAUCAACACUUUGAGCGGUUCCUAAUUGGUGCAGAUCCCCGCGACGUCAACGAGCUCUUCGAGAAGAUGUAUAGAGGCUCCAUGUUCUACGGCCGCAAAGGUCUUCCCAUCGCUGUCAUCUCCGUUAUCGACCUCGCCCUCUGGGACCUCGUCGGCAAGAUCCGCAAUGAGCCCGUCUACAAACUCAUCGGCGGUGCCACCCGUUCCCGGCUCGACUUCUACUGCACUGGUCCUCAGCCCGGCUCCGCUAAGAAGGCCGGCUUCGUCGGCGCCAAGGUAGCCCUCCCCCACGGGCCCGACGAGGGUGUUGAAGGUCUCCUCAAGAAUAUCGAGUACCUCCGCAAACAGCGCGAAGCCGUGGGCCCUAACUUCCCCCUCCGCGUCGACUGCUACAUGUCGCUUAACGUCCCCUACACCAUCGAGCUCGUCAAGCGCGCCGAGCAGGAGGGCCUCCACAUCGACUGGUGGGAGGAGUGUCUCAGCCCCGACGACUUCGACGGCCAAGCGCUCCUCAAGCGCGCCCACCCGACCGUCAAGUUCACUACCGGUGAGCACGAGUACUCCCGUUUCGGAUUCCGCAAGCUCGUGGAGGGCCGCAACGUCGAUAUCAUCCAGCCCGAUGUCAUGUGGCUCGGUGGACUCACUGAACUCCUCAAAGUCUCUGCACUCGCGGCGGCAUAUGACAUUCCUGUUGUGCCUCACGCGUCGGGCCCUUACUCCUACCACUUCGUCGUCUCGCAGCCCAACACGCCCUUCCAGGAAUACCUUGCCAACUCUGCCGAUGGACACACCGUCGAGCCGGUCUUCGGUAAUCUAUUCACUAACGAGCCCAUUCCUACAAAGGGAUACCUUGACGUCUCGAUUCUCGAUAAGCCUGGCUUCGGCUUAGAACUGAACCCUUCUGCGCCCUUGAUCCCUGCUGCGUCUUUCCUUAACCCUGCACCCGCGCGGAGCCUCCCUGCUCCGGCCACAGAAGAGAAGACUGAGACGAAUGGUACGCAUUAGCUUCCCAACCACAUCAUCUUAUGAUUGCAUGUACAUGACGGCUUCUUUUCCUUUCCUUCUUUGUUUCUUUGCAUGAAUUGGCUGGUUUCGGUUGGUCGCGAAUAUGGACCACAACUCAAACUGGAUAUGGA